AUGUCCUCGAGCAACUCUGCACCGUCCUUGUCGAAUUUAUUUCCGGACUUUGAGGACAACAAAACGAUCUUUGUGAGUGGUCUAACCAACAAUGUGACCGACUCCCUCCUCUCUUCCGUUGUAAUGGAGAAAUUUCCGACCGAAGUAGUAAGUAUCCAUGUCACCAAGAAUGAAUCCCACUUUGACACUCCAAUAGCUUACAUUAACAUGUCCACUCAUGAUGCAGCCAAAAGGGUCAUAAGUACAUUAAACGGUGUUAUGGUCGAUGGUAAACCAAUCAACAUGUUUUGGGCUUUAAAGGAUUUCAAGCAAAGAACAGACACUCAGACCAAUUUGUUUGUGAAAAACAUUAAGAAGUCGGUCAACCAGAAGGAACUCCAAGACGUCUUCUCUGCCAUUGGAGAAACCCUAAGCGUCAAACUUUCAUUAAAUGAAAAGGGUGAAUCGAACGGCUUUGGAUAUGUCAAGUACAGAACUCUCGAAGCAACACAAGCCGCGUUGGACAAAUCCGACGAGCUCAAAGCAAAAAUCGGUGAAGAGACAUUUGUCGUCCAGAAAUUCGAGAAACAGAACAAGAGCAGGAAGACUAAUUUGUACGUCUACAACAUCGACAAAAAGGUUACUGAGGAGCAAUUCAUUAAGUACUUCGAGACUUUCGGUCCUAUUCGAAAGACCUCCGACAAGAAGCCACAAGUCUUAUUUGUCUCCGAAGAGACUAAAGACACCGCAAAGGGCUUUGUCGACUUUGAGAACGAAGAAGACGCUGCUAAGGCCGUUUCUGCUCCCAAAAAUUCAGUUUUAGGAAAUGGUGAAAUCGUCGUUGCUUAUUACAAAAAUAAGGAAGAGAGACGCCGAGAGUGGAAGGCUAAGACUGCUGAAGUCAAAGCAAAUAUCAAAGGAAAGUAUAAGGACUUCAACUUGUACGUCGACACUCUUAAAGAGUCGAUCACCGAGAAAGAAAUCCGAGAAGGACUUGGAGAGGAAGGUGAAAUCUACUCGUUGAGCAUUCGAUGGGUCGACAGAAAACCAACCGGCGUUGCUUAUUUGUGUUACACCACUGCUGAAGGAGCUAACAACGCUAUUGUUAAAGGCACUCAACUCGGCUGGAAAGUCUUCAAGUUCUUGAACAAACAAGAGAUUGCCGUCAGCGAUAUGGCCUACGGUAAUUUCAUGAACCAGGCCUUCUUAAUGAGCUAUAUUAACUACUUCCAACAGUUAACUUCCUUACAACCAUAUCAAAAAAAGAAAUCAAACGGACCAAGAAGAGAAAGAAAGGACGACAGAAGCGAUAGAAGAGAAGAGAAAGGCGGAAGAAGAGACCGGGAUGACAAGCGCCACGAGAGAACAGAAAAACAAGAAAAGGUCGAGACUAAAGUCGAAAAGAAAGAAGAGAAGAAGGACGUGAAGGUCGAGGCAAAGCCAGACCAAAUUACCGAAGAUAUGAGAAACGAACUCGGUGAGAACUUGUUCUUAUACGUCGAGAAGUACACUAAGGCUGAUGAAGAGAAGAACGGCAGAAUCACUGGUGUCCUCCUUGAUUCGAUCAAGUUCGAACAACUUAAAGCUAUGCUCAACAACGAAGAUAAGAAGGAUAUCAACGGAGUUAUCGACGAAGUGAUCGAGACCCUCAAGAAGAUCUGA